UGUCAAAAGGGAUUUUGUUCUGAAUGUCAAUGUGAAAAAGUUGUUCUCUGGAUAUUUUGUGGUUUUUACUAAAAUAUCACUAUAUAAAUGUGGUUUUUCGUGCAUUGGACUGCUUUGUGGACAUCCAGAAGCAACAAUGACUGCAGAAAUUCGGAUGCAUCCCAUCGAUGAGAUCUGUUUAAUGUGCGCAAAAAUCAACGAGGGCCCCUCAACGCCUCUCUUCGAGUCCCCGGAUUUGAUGAACCUUUUCAUCACUGUAAUUGGAUUCCAGCUCAAGCGGGAAGAGUAUUUACCUGAGAACAUCUGUCUGACAUGUGUAUUCACCCUAUCUCGCAUGCUGGAGAUUCAGAAGACCAUUAAGAGGAAUAUCUUGCACUUCAAAAUGAACUAUCAAUAUCGGAAUGCGAGCGAAAAGUCUAAGCUCAUCCUCAAUACCAAUGUCAUCCGGAACACUAAUCCCAACGGUCUGAUCAUUUCGGAUGUGAGAGGACAAGUACAAGUAGCUGAUGAUCAUUUCACCUACUCCUCCUACGACGAUGAUCAGACCGGGGAUGGAGAUAUGUGUCUCAAUGGCAAGAAUCUAAAGACAGAUCCAGCCAGUCCCUCAUCCAACAACUCCAACCGCCAUACACCGAGACUUUUGCGACCAAUCUACAUGCAAGUGGAGAAUGUGAGGGACACAGAGUCCGAUGGGGCUAUUUAUAGUGGAACAACACCUUUUCAAUGUGAAUUGUGCUCAAAAAUCUUCUCCCGGCGUGGUCUCAUGACUCGCCAUUACAACAGCAGUCACAAAGCCCGAAGCAGAGCGAGUUCCAAAGCUCCGGAAGAGCGCAAGAAGAGCACAUAUAAAUGCAAGAACUGCGAUGAAAAAUUCUCAGAAAUUAGAUUGCUGAAUAAACACAAAAUAAUCCACCGGAAAAACUUGACAUGUUCCAAUUGCUCGAAAGUCUUCCAUCUGAAGCGCGAGCUGGAUUGGCAUGAGGCUGAAUGUUUAGGCAAGAAGAACGCAGCAGAUGUCAGGAAUCCCAAAAGACGCAAUACUCGACUGCAGAGCGCAGUUGGGCAAUUUAUGGAUGAAGAUUUCGGUGCACCGGGGGAAUUUUUCAAUGAAGCUGCCCUCAGACAACUUUCCAAGACGCCAACACCCUUCGAGAAGCAUCAGAGCAUCCAGAACUGGUGCAAUACUGCCGGCACCAAUUCCUCAGCCAUCGAACCUAAUCUCGAACCUCCUCAAUCCCCUGAAUCGAACCACUCAGACGACGAUGCCCGAACCACAAUUUCGCGCUUUACCUCAAUAUCCCAGAAAACUGUUUACUCCUGCGUCUCAUCCCGAAGCUGCUGGUCCAGUUCCAACAUCUCCAUCCGCACCGAUUACUCCUACAAAUCUGCCAAAACCGUCAAGACGCUCAAGAGUGAGAGGGAUUAUCUGCAAUCCUGCCGUGUUACGCGAUCAAUUGCCAAUAGAAUCAAGAAAAUCGACAUGGAAAUCAAAAUCCGGGAACUGCCACGGAGAAAGUUCGGAUCAACAAGAUCUACAGCGACUUCCCGAAGGCACUUUGACAUCACAAAAAGAGCCAAAACCGUAAGGGGAAACCGGAGACCAAUGCUUCCGGACGCCUUCAUUUGUGACUGCAGUUUCACCUCGAAGAAUCUCAGGGAGUUCAUGGAGCACGAAGUGGGAGUUCAUCGGAAGCUGCCACUGUUCACGUGCAAGGAGUGCAAUAAGAGAUUCACGCAAAGGCGCUUCCUAGAAAAACAUCAGGAAAAUCACAACAAGACCUACACCUGUGUUUGGUGUUUUACAAAAUUUCUAAAUGAAACUGAGUUAAAGAUUCAUCUGGAUUUGCAUGCAGUAAAUUCAAUUGAGUGUGGCUUCUGCGACGCCUCCUUUAUCAGUCAGAAGGAAUUGAAAGAGCAUCUAGAUGACAUGCAUACGAAUGAAGAUAAGAAAUCUACGAAAAAAUCGUGUAUUCUCAUCAGACUUGGACAGAAGAGGGCCAAUGUGACUGACACGGGAAAGGAGUACAAAUCAAUAGAAAUGCCCCAGAAAUCUGAUCCGGAGAAGCAACAGAGGAGAACAAGAACCUACUCGCAAUAUAAAACAAUUAAAUUGGGAUCAGUUUCUAGGGAAAGAUCUCCUGCUGAAAGUUCAGAUCCUGCAAAUUCUCUGGUAGAAAAUGGGAUUACUGAGACUCCUCGGGAGCAAAUUCUUCUACCUGUGGCAAUGGACAUUUGCAGAUAUAGCACUCCGUCUCCCCAAAUUAGUGAUUCUCAUGAGAGAGGAAGCUCAAAGUUAACAGCAACACCUCCGCCAAGUCUUGAAGAAUUGGGAGUCUUUGAUACAAACUUCCCUCCACUGACCAAUGGGAAUUGCGAGACAUCAACUCCAGAAAAAAAUGGCCACGAGGAAGAUGAAGAGGAUCACUCUCCAAUUGCAAGUCCUACAGGACGUCGGAAACGCUCAAAAUCCCGAAUAACUCUUACCCAGCGAGUUACAAGACAAACCCUAGCUCAACCUUUACCUCUUGUCAAUGGAAUUGAGAAUGUCCUACCUCCCUAUGAAUCUUGGCCACUUCACAGGACAUCAGUGGCCGUGAAACCUGGUAUUCUGCCCCAACCAUGUCGGAUGACGUGAACGGAAGCCCACUAAGCAAUAUCAUGAUGUCAACAACUAAAACAUCACAUGUAUCGACUCUACUGAAAUUCUAGUCAUUUAUUUUAAGAAGUAUUUGUAAAUGGAUGUCUUAAACAUAACAUUUUAAAUUAAAUUGUCAUUAAAAACGACUGAAUUUUUGGGGCCACACCACAAAAUUUGUAGAGAAUUAACUUGCCAAUAAGAAGGCUACGAUAAUUGCACAAACUACUUAAAAUUCAUCAAUUAAAACGUAAUGGAAAAAAUUAUAGUAAAAAUCAUGCCAUUUUGUCACUAAUCCUAAAAUAUCUAAAUAAAAGAAUUAAAAUAUGAUGACGGAUUAUUUUGUAAAUAGAAAAAAACGAGAUUUUUAAUUCAAAAUCAAUGUAUCAAUUGUAGGAAAUUAAGUAUUAUCCCAAUUUUGUGCCUUUUUAGCUCCAACCUUCAGCCACAGUAAAAUCUGUAUCCUACACAGUAAAACACAAAUUUUUGAUUAUGUAAAUUCACAUAAACGUGUAAUUUUUGAAUACGUGUUAUGUGUAAACAUUUUUGUGUAAAAUAUAAAAUACGGUACAACUGGAAGAGCCAGUUAUCAAUUGCCAGAAAAUAACAAUAAAAAUCACUUAAAGCAAUAAGUUUUUCUUAAAUUUAUCCCAAAAGAGUGCUGUUGAUUGAAUUUUAAUACCAAAAUAGGUGUAAAAUGGCUAGUAAAUAUUACACAAAAAAAUCCGUUGCACAAUACAGAUUACACAACCUUCCUAAAUACUUUUUGUGUAUUAUAAAAAUGAUAAUAUCGAGAUGUAAAAGUGAGCCAACGAUUACCUAUCCUUUCACUAUUUUUACUGUGUAGUAAAUCCCAUCUUUUUUAUAAACCAUGUCAUUUGAAGAUUAACGCUCUAGCUUUACGGACAUUUUCUUUCCUUCUGUGAUGAACUUAAAUGUAAUUUUUAUAGAAUUUAAUAAAAUUAGCGCAUGCAAAUGUAAAAAAGAGUGUAUUAACAUUUUUAGAAUUUAAGAAUUGUAAUCAAAAGUUAUGUAAAAAUUUAUGCGUGAAUUUUGUGCAUUGGUAAAACCUCCUAUUACUUUUUUUUUGUAUAGUCAAUUUUCCUACAUAUAUAAGUCUAUUCUAGAUUUUAUGAGAAGGCUUGAUUGUUUGUAAACUUUAAAACUUCUUAGAGAAAAAGUCCAGUGAGGAAUUUUUGUAAAAUCGAAAUGUGAAAAAUUCAAAAAUUAAAUUUUCACUCAAACAAAUUAUAUUUAAAAAAAACUCAUAACAUGAAAUGUCCAAAUUUGUCAAGGAAAUUUCGGAAAUAGCCAUUUGAUUUUGAUCAAUGCAGUGAGCUUAUUAGAAAAAAAAUUUAGAGUAAUUUGAACUAGACAAUUUUAUGAUCAAGGAUAAUUUUUCAAUCAAUGAAGUUCUCUUAUGAUGCUUCAUGCUUCCUCAGUCUUUACUUUACUAAAUUAGGUUUAGAUUCGGAACAGUUAGACUUCCAAAAGGUGUGUCAAAACCCUGAAAUUCCUCUAGUAAAAAAUAUGUCAAUAAAAUGGCAAAUAAACUAGGUGAAAGCAAGAAUAAAAAUAAUUUUAAACAUAAAGAUAUACUUCAGUCGAGGUGAAAUUCACUGUCCACUGAUCCUAAACUCAGUUGAAACUGCGAAAUAACUGAGCACUGUAUCUAGUCAGAUUGUUAAAUAAACAAUAGCGUCUAUUGCUAUCAAAUAUAAUUUGAUUUAGCCUCUGCAUUUCAAAAUAUCGUUUAGCCUAAAAGAAAA